GCGACAGAAGCGGAAGCGGAGCUUGGAAAGUUGCUGAUGAUGUAAAUAUCCGUUUCCACGUCGCCUCAGACUGACAGAGGUGGAGGAAAAGAUGGCGGAAGCCGAGGAAAGGCAGGGGAGUGACAGUAAACAGAUGUUUGCAGGGCUGUCAGAUGUUUCUAUAUCUGGGGAUAUUCCUGUGGAGGGAGAGAUCACUGUUCCUAUUGCUUCACAGUCGCAUGAAGAUGAUUAUUCUACGCUGGAUGAGCCCGUCAAAGACACUAUUAUGCGGGACCUGAGGGCUGUUGGGAAAAAGUUUCUUCAUGUCAUGUAUCCCAAAAAAAGCACAACCCUCUUAAGAGACUGGGAUUUAUGGGGCCCUCUUGUGUUGUGCGUCUCACUUGCUCUAAUGCUUCAGGGUGGCCAUGCAGACAGUAAGGAUGAUGGAGGACCCCAGUUUGCUGAAGUCUUUGUAAUAAUAUGGUUUGGGGCUGUUGUGAUCACUUUAAACUCUAAGCUGCUAGGGGGAACCAUCUCUUUUUUCCAGAGCUUGUGUGUGCUGGGUUACUGCAUCUUACCUCUGACGGUGGCCAUGCUGGUGUGCAGGUUACUGCUCCUAGGGAGUAAAAACACAGUGACUUUCAUCGUGCGACUGGUUGUAGUGACGGCUAUGUUUGCCUGGUCCACCUUUGCAUCCACUGCCUUUUUAGCAGACAGUCAGCCACCUAACCGAAGAGCUUUAGCGGUGUACCCCAUAUUCCUCUUCUACUUUGUCAUCAGCUGGAUGAUCUUGACCUUUAACCCUAGUUCAUGAGAGUGGACAUCUUGUAUAGGCUUAAGGAAUCCUAAGUGAAUCUGGGCCAGUGUAAAUAUACCAGCAGCCUGGUGGAUCACGCACCCGUAUAUCGAAGAACCAAACUAUGAUGAAGAAUGAAACACGUGGGUACCGGCUGCUUUGUGCAAGAGUCCAAGCAGCUGGUUUGUUUAUCUCAUGAUGUAUAAAUCCCUGCACUAACUAGACACCAAUUUCUGUUUUUCUUCUAAAUGCAUAUCCAGCAAUAAAAAGUUGGAUUAGAGGCUCUGUGAACAGAAUGAAGGCCAACACCUAAGAAAUUGUUUCAGUAAUUGUUAUUGUUACUGUGCAACUAUCAUCAGACACUGAUGCCACAUCUAUAGUUUUCAGAAGGUGUUAAACCCAUAUUGAUUUUGUACGCAGUACCUUCAAGAGUUAGCGGGCUAAGUAGCAUGUGUGUGGGUCAUUUGUAAAGAGGUACCACUUAAUGGCACUGGUACCUUUUUUAUUUUCUAUGCUAAUGCCUUUUGUAGGAUAACCUGGUUUCUCCCUUAACUCUGGAAACAUAUACACUGCACUGUUUUCCUGCAUUCUUGGAAUUUCAUGGCAAAUAAAAGCUGCCAUUCUUAAAUUGCGUCCAUACCUAAAGGAGCCGUGAGGUUACCCUUACUUAAUCUGAAUAUGGUAUUGACAAAUACCUAAGAGGUUAAUAUUAAAUGGUUGAAAUAUGCAACAUUGCCAUUUGAUCUGUAUUACAGGCAGUCUGUUCCUUAGCUUUUUUUGUUUCCCCCAAGCUAAUAUUAACUAAGAAUUUAGUUUUUGGAAGUCAAUAUAAUAAAGACAAGUGUGUGAAUUUUUAA